AAUUAUUAUUAUUAUGAUGUACCUUAGUUAUUGUUGCUGACUUGUGAUACUUAGUCAAGGGAAAGUUUUGUAAUGAUUGCAUACUCAGGCUCUUUUGUUUACUGAGGGAGACAUGGAGGCACCAUUGAAUGGGAUUUUGAUUUAAACUUUAUUUAUGGUCUGUUUACUAUUUUACUGAGUGUCAUACACAUGUACAUGUAUGUAGUAUCAUUAUCGUUGUCUUGAUUUAUUCCCUGAGUCAUAUUAAAUUUCUCUCGCUUCCUCUCUUGAGGAGAAAGGAAGGAACAAGGUGCCAUUCAUGUACUUAUAUGAGAGAGAGAGAGGAAGAGAGAGAGAACAAUUUGACACAUUACUCUUUUGUAGGUUUAUGAUUUAGCCCAGGUAGCUAGUCUGGCUGGUUUACCAAACGGGUUUAUACUUGGAGCAGGUGCUGGCUCUUACAGAGUAGCUGGAGUUAACUGUGAAAUGAUGGCUAAUAUUAAAUUCUCUGAUCCUGACUCAGGAGCUCCUCAUAAUAUUGGCUCUUAUUCGGCUAAAGUCUCCACAGAAGACGGAUCUGCUAUAAUUGAGAAAUUCCCAUACACUGAGGCCGGUCCUCUUGCCAAUUUAUUACUUUGUGAAGGCACUCCUGGUGCUCCUGUCCUUGAAAUAAAAGCAAGGAAGAGAGUUGGAGAAGAGAAUUUCGUUACCUGCAUGAGAAAGUCCUUGGCUGCUUAUUUUGGUGAGGGCCCAGUUGGACUCGGCGGAGUUUUCAUGAUUAAGAAAGGCAAAGCAAAGCUUCACAUUAUGGUCAGUGAAAUUAAGAAUUAUUGUAUAGCCUCUAUAUAAUGGA